UCAAGAAAAACAAACAGAGUGUAAAAGAUAACUGCAAAAACAAACCAACAACAACAACAAUUCAAUUCAACAGAUCAAAGCUUACAUCGGAGGAGAGAGAAAACCAUCGACUACUUUCUGUUCUUCAUCAACCCUUUUUAAUUCUCACUAAGAUGACUGAUGGCUGCUGCAGAAGCAAGAGCAGUUUGGCAAAGAACAGCUAACCGUUACUUUGUCCAAGAAGAUGCUAAAAGAGCUCCCAAAUUAGCUUGUUGUCAAUCUUCAAACUCAUCUUCCAAACUAGUGGAUGCAGGACCUGCUAAUGCUACUGAUGCCCCGGAUCAUCGAACUAUAGGUCGUAUGCCUUUUGAUAGGACACCUUCGUAUAGUAAUUUGCCUCCUGAUGCAAAAUGGUGGCUUCAAAUGCAACCAGAUAAUGGGCAUCACACGGGCCUUAACUUUCAGCAAUUUCACUCUAGGACAGCUGAUGUGGAAACCUCUUCACCUGUUAAUAUGAGUAAAGAUUUGCCAGUCAGAGAGAUUGCAACUAUGGAGGAUGAAAGUAUACAGAAUGUUGUUUACAAAGACCUGGAGUCUUUUUUCGACGUGAAGAAAAAUCCUGAAUCAAUAUUGGAUGAAUUGAAUGCUGUUGAUAGUAAUAAGGUGGAUCAAGAUUAUCUUGAUGUAAAGAACAUGACAGACUACUAUGAGUUUCUGGAAAUGGAGAUGGUUGGUAGCUCCGUUUCUAAACAAAUCAGUGACUUAUCUUCAAACACAGAUUCUUCUUGGAUAGGUGGCGAGAAGGUUCCUUGGUGGCGUGUUUCAGAUGGGGAGGAAUUAGCCUCGUUUGUGGCGCAUAAGUCCCUUCAUCAUGUUGAGAAUUGUGAUCUUCCUCCCCCUCAAAAAACGUGUGUGAGAAGAGAGCUUUCUAAACAGGCCAAAUCUUUUGACCAUGAUGAGCUUUAUAUGUCCUCUUUAGAGUGCGAGGCUCGAAGUGAUGUCAUUUCCAGUCCAUCUUCUAUCAGGUCACAGAAAAUAGAUUGGUCUGCAGUACAAGGAGGACUAUCCCAGAAUGAAAACAAAGCUUCUGGACCUAACAGAACAUGUAGUGAUAUGCAAGAAGAGGGAAAGAUUUUAGAUAAUGACCCUAGCAAAGCUAAGCUAUUGGAAGCACUUUGCCAUUCUCAAACUCGUGCAAGGGAAGCGGAGAAGGCGGCAAAAGAAGCAUACACCGAGAAAGAACACAUUCUCAAGCUUUUUUUUCGACAAGCUUCCCAGCUCUUUGCUUAUAAGCAGUGGUUUAAAAUACUACAAUUGGAAAAUCACCUCCUACAGACCGAGGGUGACUCUUCACCUCCCACAGGAUUCCCUGAUUUACUUCCUUGGAUGCCCCACAAUCCCCGGAAAAAACUACAUAAAAGCUGGCAGAAGGCAAAGCGGCAUAGGAGAGGCUCACAAGAAAACGACAUUGGUAAAUACGCUGUUGCAUUUGCUGUAGGCUUCACUCUUGUUAGCGCCGGGCUGAUUCUGGGAUGGACAGUUGGUUGGUUGCUACCUGCAUUUUAGGUGAGUAAUACCUUGUUUUGAAGGUUGAAGACGCAGAGCAGUAAGAUUAGGCUUCUUUCAGUAUUAAACUGGUAAUUUGCUUAGGUUUUUUAGCAGUUUGGAGAAUCUUCUUAUGAUGGAUCUCUCUGGUUUCGUGUAAAUACUUAGUCGUAUGUGUAAUAUAUAUGUAUAAAUGUAAAUACAGAAUGUUAAAACAGACACCCACUCUGUUACAACUUUCUUCAUUUUAAGGUAUGUACGAUUUCUUUAUUUCA